CUCAUAUUUAAAUCAUUCAUUACGAUUUGUUGGGAACAUUUUUGAGAGAAAAUAAAAAAAUCGCAUAUUAAAUCGCAAUCGCAAUAUUUGGGGGAAAAAAUCGCAAUUAGAUUAUUUUCCCAAAUCUUUCAGCCCUACCACCCACUAUACCCUCACCACUUUCCUAAUAGACAUUAAAACAUGGAUGCAAAGAAACGUUCUGAAACUCAACUGCGAUAAAUCUGAAAUUUGAAUCAUUGGCCCAGACUCCCUUACCCGCGCAACUCAGGAUUUUGCACUCAAUAUUGAUGGCGCCAUUGUCACCCCCUCCACCCAAAUCCCGCAACCUUGGAGUCACCUUUGACCCCACCCCCUCAUUCCUGCCCCAUGUCAACCACAUCACCAAAACAGCCUUUUUCCACCUCUGUAACAUUGCCUGGCUCCGACCCUCACUGUCACCCACUGCUGCAGAAACACUCAUCCAUGCAUUUAUAACAUCCAGGCUUGACUACCGCAACACUAUCCUCUAUGAUACCACCAACAAAGUCCUUAAUAAACUGCAGUACGUACAGAACUCUGCCGCCCGCCUCCAAACUCAUUACCACACCAUAUAAAAAAUGCCCCCACACUGUCAGCAUUUAAAAGGGCCCCUCAAAACCCACCUCUUCAGACAUGCCUUACCUCAACUAACCCCCCACCCCUCACAUUAUUUUAUUAUUAUUUUCUUUUCUUUUGUUAUCUUUAUUUUAACCGUCUUUGAGAACGCUAUAUAAAUGUAAUGUAUUAUUUGAUGUGGUAUUAAGCCGUUGUCUCCUGAAUCAGAGCGUUGUGUGUUUGUCAUUGUCUGUCUGUGUUUACUACUUUGCCACAGACUGCCACAUGCUCUUAGAUGUCGCAGCUUGCAUUUGACCUUCGACCCUCCCCUACUUUUUUUAUUAGAUAUUGAUGGUGCUGACGGGAUUUUGAGAGAGCAGAGGAAACGUUCGUCUGAUAGUCUGAGACUGAAUGUUCAAUCGUAUCAGUUAAUAAAAUUGUCCGCUUGUCCGCCAGGCAACUUGGAAUAUAAAAUAACUAGCCCGAACUCAGAAUCUGCUUGUCCUGGGCGCCCGGGUAAGUGAUUUUGUCCACCCCUGCCAGCACAAACUCGAACAGUCUCUGGGCCUGAGAGGAUGUAUCGUAAAUACACAUAGUACAAGUCCAAAUCAAACCAAGCUCUCUUCUCAGUGAGGGGCCAGUCUAUAUCCACUGCCACCAUUAGUAAGUAGAGGAAGCAUAAACUCUGAAACAAUGCUUUAUCAAUAUCAAGGUUUACAGUGAAAGUCAACUAAAGAAAGUGAAAUGAGCCUUUGCCAAAUGACAUAACAGCAGAGGAAAGCAGCAGCAGCAGCAGCAGCAGCAGCAGGGUUGUUGGACCUGAACAGGAAACAAGAGAACAAUGCAGGUCUUAAGUGUUUUGGGGGAUUGCCAAGAGGGAUCGGUGGAGGAGGUCGGGAGAGUUCAUUCAAGUCACCAUCAUCAUAAUGAGCACUUCAGUCUGUAAACAGCAUAAAUGCAGGUGGGGUGGGUGGCAGUUUAUCAGAGGGUGAGCCCUUGCAGUCCUAACUCCACGGUCUACCUUGCACACUGGUAGAAGUUUUAUUUUUUCUGUCAGGCUGAAGUCAGGAAGUUGUUUCAGCUCGUGUGUGUUGCUGUCAUAUUGUUCUCACAGCCAAAUAGCUGGCACUGAAUCAAAAGUAGGUCACAUGUGUAAGCCAAAAUGUUUCUUAUCAGUAGAUAGUGUUUCCACUCUAUCGCUUCCAUGACCUCAGGCGCCUCACUGGAGAUGUAAACACCCCCUGGAGACCGCUGUGGCUUCCAUCAUCCCACAUUAAGUUCCCUCAGUCUCCAUCUCUGUUUAUGUGAUUUCGGAAGCAGCGGUGAUGUACAGCUUCCUGCCGCUGUGCUGUGGCCUUUGGGAAAUCUCUCAUGCACUUCCUGUUACUUGUUGUUUUCUGUUGUGUGUCCAGGGACAUCACCUACAGCAUCCUGUUCGAGGCCGUGACCACGCUGCUGGUGCUGCUGUCCUAUCAACUGUUCAACAAGGAGGUCCUGAGGGAUAGCUACGUCUACCAGUGCCUGAUGACCGGCCAGUGCCUGAGCCUGACGAGCAGGUUGGUGAAGACGCUGCUCUAUAACUUCAUCAGGCAGGAGAAGAGCCCCCCACCAGACACGCAUCUCUUCCAGUCCCAGGCAGAAGGUGGCGGCAUCCUCUAUGGCCUGGCUUCUGGAGUAGCAAGCGGCCUGUGGACUGUGUUCACACUGGGUGGAGCCGGGAGCAAACCUGGGCUGGACCAGGAACAGAACCCUCUGCCGCUGUCCAAUCAGAGCCUGCUCCUUCUGCUCGUGCUAGCUAAUCUGACCGACGGGCCAGAUCACCCUAACGGCUACAGGCAAGCGGUCAUGUGCUUCAAAAAUACACAAGACACGUCGUCCAUCCCGUCACCGCAGCCCCACACCUUCCAGAUCAACUUCAACAGUCUGUACACGGCGCUUUGUGAGCAGCAGAAGUCCGACCAGGCCACGCUGCUGCUCUACACACUCCUGCACCAGAAUCAGAACAUGAGAACCUACAUGUUGUCCCGCACAGACAUGGAGAACCUGGUCAUACCUAUUUUAGAGAUCCUCUACCAUGUGGAGGACAGAAACUCCCACCACGUGUACAUGGCCCUCAUCAUCCUCCUCAUCCUUACUGAGGAGGACUCAUUCAACCGCUCUAUCCACGAAGUGGUAUUAAAGAACAUUAACUGGUACACAGAACGCACCUUGACGGAGAUCUCGUUGGGCAGUUUGCUGAUUCUGGUGGUGAUCCGGACCAUCCAGUUUAACAUGACCCGCACCAGGGAUAAAUAUCUCCACACCAACUGCCUGGCUGCCCUGGCCAACAUGUCAGCCCAGUUCCGCUGUCUGCAUCAGUAUGCCGCUCAGCGCAUCAUCAGUUUGUUUGCACUGCUGUCCAAGAAGCACAAUAAGGUGCUGGAGCAGGCCACCCAGUCCCUGCGCAGGCCUGUGGGCUCAGACGAGGGCGCUGCACUUCCAGACUAUGCGCAGGACUUGAAUGUGAUCGAGGAGGUGAUCCGCAUGAUGCUGGAGAUCAUCAACUCCUGCCUAUCCAACUCACUGCACCACAACCCCAACCUUGUGUACGCUCUGCUCUACAAGAGGGAGCUGUUCGAGCAGUUCCGCUCACACCCCUCUUUCCAGGAUAUCAUGCAGAACCUGGACACGGUCAUCGGCUUCUUCAGCCAGCGUCUUGAACAGGCAGGAGCUGACCUCUCAGUGGAGAGGGUUCAAGAGGUCAUCAAGAAAGGCGCAGUGGCCCUGCCUAAUGACCGCCUGAAGGUAACACACACACACGCACACACUCUCACCUGCAGCUAAAAGGCUUCACACACACACACACACUGUACACACUCCAACUGGUUACAUUGUCCAUCUUGCUGCCAAACCAUGCCUAAGUGCAAUAUGGGCAAUGAACCGGUCCUUUUCCACAAAUCCCAUGAAACUGUAGGUAUCUCAGGAAUCCAUGACUAUCGGCAGGAUGGUGUGUGUGACCAUGUGUGUGUGCUGCAGCACGCUUGAGGAGUGACAUCGAUGAGACGGCCAGGGGGCGAACUCUGGGCUGUGCUUUACACACUUUAACCAAGGGGCUGUUGUGUUGAAAACAACGUUUUUCCUUUGUGUUUUCAGAAGGGUUCACAUCCAUACGACACCGUUUUGAGAGGUCAUCCUCAUCCACACAGAUUCGCAAAAACUAGUGAAAACGCUGUUGCUAGCUAGGUCGUUUUAAAAUCAUAUUUCUUUUCUUGUAGGUUGUAGCCCACAACUAAGCGUUAUUAUUAAGACAACGGUACCAUGAGAGAUGGUUUGGGUGAACAGUGAAGUGAACCUACCCUGUAUAAGGUUACUAGCAUUUAGCGUGACUUUACAUGAAACAAACCCAGAAAAGGCUUUGGCUACUGAUGUUUCCGAUCGAUUACAUCCUUCUCAUAGAAAUAGAACAUAUUGGCUGAUUACCGUGAUGUGUCUGUCAAUCAAAAAUAGAUUUCCCUAGUCAUUGCCACUGAGGACACGGUGAAGGCUUUGGAGGGCAGAGCUCAGACUGAAGCUUCACAGAGAAUGAAAUGUAAUUGGAUAAAGUGGCGGCCAUGUCACCAUCAUCAUCAUCAUCAUCAUCAUCAUCAUCAUCUUAGGGACGGCCCCCUAAGAGCCCCCUAGAUGAAAGCAACUGAAAACACUCAGGCCUAAAGAAACAAAAUAAUAAGACUGGAUUUACUCACGCAAACAAAAGGUUAAGGACACACACACACACACACAGAGAGAAGGACACCCCUAUACACGCACCUACACACUUGCAUACACAUGUGCGCUGCAUGGCCCUGACUGUGAAAGGGGGGGGGGUAAUUGAAUGGAGAGGGAUGUGGCGUGGUUGGCAGGGCCGUGGAGAGGGGCGUCUGGAGGCGCGGGUGGGGUCUGAUCUUCAUCAGUGCUAAUGGCCUCCUCACACCUAUCUGUCACUCGGCCCGCGCCACCGCCGCACUAACGACCUCUCAAGGAGAGCGCCGCGCCGGGGACACGCGCCCGUCCACCGGCACAUAAAUCUGCCGCCGGCGCACGGCGCCUCCACGCUAGCCCAUCCGAGAGGGGCCCGGCCGGGCCAGAGAACGCUCCCCGGCGCACCAUCCAUCAGGCCGG